AUAGCUGAAAUAGAGCCUCAAUAUUGGAAUCUAUUGGCAAAGAAUACAUUAAAGCGUUCACUCAAUCAGAAGCCGAAUGUAGGAAAAGCCAAAAAUGUAAUCCUAUUCCUGGGGGACGGGAUGGGCAUCACUACCAUAACUCCGGCCCGUAUUUUGAAGGGACAGCUCAAGAACAGAUCCGGAGAGGAGACUAAACUUAUUUUUGAAGACUUUCCUUACGUGUCACUCAUUAAAACCUAUAACAUCAACUAUCAGGUGACCGAUUCCGCCGCCUCUGCCAACGCCUUCCUCUGUGGCAUCAAAACAAACGACGGAACCAUUGGAGUGAACGCAAGAGUUCCCCGGUAUUCAAAUGAUUGCCAAUCCAUUCAACAGAAUAGCAUUUCAUCGAUACUCAAGUGGGCCAUUGAUUCCGGAAAGAGCGCCGGUGUGGUAACCACAGCCCAGAUCACUGAUGCAACUCCGGCGGCCAGUUAUGCGCACAUGUCUAAUAGGGAUUGGGAGGGACGGGUGCCCCAGAAUAUGACCGGAAACUGUAAAGACAUCGCCCGACAGCUCAUUGAAGACGAGCCGGGGUCUCAAUUGAAAGUUGUGUUGGGAGGGGCCCGACGUUUCUUUCUACCCGAGUCACAGAUGGGAAGGGAUGGCAGGUAUGGCGUCCGCAAAGACGGCAUGAAUUUGAUCACCGAUUGGCUGAAAAGAAAGAGUGAAAUGGGACUCAAACCAAAUGCCUAUCAAUUCGUGGAAACGAAAGGUCAACUAAAAGGCAUUAAACCCAAGGAAACGGAGUAUUUGUUCGGUUUAUUCAAUUACGAUCACUUGGCUUAUGACAGGGAAAGGGAUGACUCGGAUGACGGCGAACCCUCUCUCGAACUGAUGACCGAAACUGCCGUUAAGAUUCUCAGUCAGAAUAAGGAGGGAUACGUGUUGUUAGUGGAGGGCGGGAACAUCGAUAAGGCCCACCACGACAACUACGCCCAACUGGCCCUCCACGACACCGUCGCCUUUGAUAAGGCCAUCACUAAAGCCAAUUCAAUGGUGUCGAGCGCCGACACUCUGAUGGUCGUCACGGCAGACCAUUCGCACACUCUUUCAUUCAACGGAUACACCAAAAGAGGGAACUCUAUCCUUGGUUUAUCCGGUAAUGACUCCAACAAUAAGCCCUACACUACACUCAUGUAUGGCAAUGGACCCGGAUUUCAAGAGGUCAGGGAUGACCCCUCAAAAGUAGAUACAACCAAUCCCCGGUACCAGUCCUUAGCGGCCGUCCACUUGGACAGCAACGCACACGGAGGCGAAGACGUGGCGGCGUAUAGUGUCGGCCCAAUGGCUCACCUGUUGUCGGGAACUCAGGAGCAGUCAUAUAUCGCUCAUGUGAUGGCAUUUGCCGCUUGUAUUGGCGAUUACACGACUGAAGCCCAUUGCGGACGACUGUCGCGAUCCACAUCUGCUUCUCAUCAUAACUUAAUUGAUAAUAAGUUAUUCACGAUUUGUUUAUUCAUUCUUAUGCUCAAAAUCUUUACACGACUUAACAGACAAUUAUAA